AUGGAAGGGCAUCUGGACACAUUUUACGUGCCGUUAUGCUGGUUUCUGUCUCCUCCCCUAGCUUCUCUUUUUCUUUUCUUUUUGUUCUUUUUGCUUGCUCCAAUCUACCAUGCUUUUUGUACAUUGUCGUGCUCAAUGUACGCUGAUGGGGGAGGAACGGCGUCACGGUCCUGCGGAGCAGUUUCGAUGUCGUCGCGUGAGUCUGCUGUGAAGGAGACAGUUGACCCCGCCGACAUCUUACGUCAAUUUAUUCUUGCUGCGCCACCCGGCGAGCUAACGAGCGUUUUAAAGGCACUACGUGUGUUGACAGGCGAUGAUCGUCUCUUCUUUGAGGUCGUCCCACGUCUUUGCAUGGAACACCAUAUGCGUCAUUUGACGCCUUUUACUUUGGCAGCCCCAUACGCCAAGCGGCACGAGAGCAAAGUGCGGUUCGUGGAUCCCCAAAGCUGUGCCAAUGUUGCAGGUAGCCACGUCUCUUUCUUGGCCGGGAGGCAGAACCACCUCGUGACACGUAUAAAGCGUUUCGCCAAGAUACGUCGCCUACAAGCCCGUGAAGUGACAGCGAGGGUGGAGGAGUACUUUCUACAGCAGCGUUCAACGAUUACUCCCACGAGUGCCAACUUUAAGCAGGGGAUCUACCAAAGCGUGGAAUUGGACGACUCCACUGGCGAGUCUUCUGCCAGCGGACAGUCACAGGCACCUCAGCAGCAGCAACAGCAGCAGCAACAGCAGCAGCAGGAACUGUUUGAUCCUUUUGCCGAUAUUUUGCCAUCUGAGGGGUUUGAUGAACUCAAUCAUGUGUUUUUUGAUGUGGCACUGCAGCUGUACAUCGAGGUUGAUCCUGUGGCACAACUGUGUGUUCGUGUAAUCCCGUUUACUUCUGCCGUGGCGCCAACAAUGCCGGAGGUGCUGAGGGAGAUUGAGCGGCAGGCCACAGGACUUCACGGUGGGCCUCUCGGCCACACCCGGUUUUUGCUUCAACAGGAAAUUUCCCGUUAUGUGCAAGCAUGUUUUGGGGAGGAGGCGGAAGAGACUGCGAUGCAGGCGGAGCGGGGGAUGUCCCACCUGAUGGGGUCUGCACGAAACCUAGUUGACAUCCACCACCGCACAUCUAUUGCCAGCGCAGGAGGCAUGGCCGUUCUUCAGCCGCAUUCCCACAGUGGCGGGGAGGAUUGCCAAUCGCUUGUCAUUGCGGUCGCGGCGGUGCGUCAAUUCCCGCGCAACAUGUGGUCUGGGCGGUGGAAGUCUAUCUUUGUUGUGGAACCCACCAAGGACACGUCGUCUGAGGCGCAGGUCUACAUCAAAGGCGAGACACAGGUCUACGCGCACUACUACGAGGACGGCAACAUGCACCUGGAGGUUGCACAGGAGUUGCCGCUCACGUUACUGCCCGAAUGGCCUGUGGAAAUAUUCACGGCUGGUGGUGAUCCGACGGGAUUACCGGAUGCAUGGGAUUUGUGUGCCGCCGUAAUGGCGGUCAUUCAGCAGCAUGAGCAACGUAUCCACGACGCCGUGUUGAAGACCGCGAGGGACUCUGGUGAUCGUGCACUGCGGGACCUUCGGCGGAGAUUGCCCAUUACGAAGCAGUUAUUUAAUUUUAGGGGUGGACAGGCUCUUCCACGGCCGAUGUUCACAAGCACUGCGUUAGAAAAUUAG